AAAAAAAAAAAAAAAAAAAAAAUCUGGUAGCCAUGAAUUUCAGCUAGCUUGUCACCGACAACUGCCUGGUACACUUGAGUACAACCAUCCAUGUCAAGACACAGGAAGGAUUUUCUGACUCUUGCGCUGCUUCUGUGUACAAAUAGGGGCACACCAUCCUGCCUACCAGUCUACUGUGAAUCGAAUCCAGGGAGCUCAGUGACGAGACUGGAGAAUCUUGGCACUGUGGUGUGCCAGUUGACUACAAGACCAAAGGAUUUCUAAAUCCAGAUUUGUACCAGAAGAUGAACGGUCUGUCCGUACGAGAGCUAUGCUGCCUCUUCUGCUGCCCCCCUUGUCCCAGCCGCAUUGCAGCCAAACUGGCUUUCCUUCCUCCAGAGCCCACUUAUGCUUUACUACCUGACCCAGAUCCUGGUUCUGGCACUACAACUGUGUCUGCAUCCAACUCUGGGACUGCUCCCCCUUCUCUUGGAGCCCCAGGACUGCGUUCGCGGCUUGGUACUGGUAGUGGAGGUGACCGAGGAGGAGGAGGAGGUGGCGGAGGUGGUGGUGGUAGUGGGGCAGGUGGCAGUGGUGGCAGCAGCAGCAGCAGCAAUACUGGGAGUGAAGGAAGGUGGAAGUUGCAUCUCACAGAGAGAGCAGAGUUCCAGUAUUCACAGAGAGAGCUGGACGUGACGGAUGUAUUCUUGACCAGGUCUAGCCGAGGGAACAGAGUUGGAUGCAUGUACAUCCGCUGUGCCCCUAAUGCCAGGUUUACAGUGUUGUUUUCACAUGGUAAUGCAGUGGACCUGGGCCAGAUGAGCAGUUUCUACAUCGGUUUAGGCACACGCAUCAACUGCAACAUUUUCUCCUACGAUUACUCAGGCUACGGUGUCAGCACUGGCAAGCCCUCUGAGAAGAACCUGUAUGCCGACAUUGACGCAGCCUGGCAUGCCCUGCGCUCCAGGUAUGGCAUCAGCCCUGAGAACAUUAUUCUGUAUGGACAAAGCAUUGGCACGGUGCCCACAGUAGACUUAGCAUCACGUUUUGAGUGUGCUGCUGUGGUUCUUCACUCUCCUCUCACCUCUGGCAUGAGAGUCGCCUUCCCUGACACUAAGAAAACAUACUGCUUUGAUGCUUUCCCAAACAUUGAGAAGGUUUCGAAGAUCCCGUCUCCAGUGCUCAUCAUUCACGGUACAGAGGAUGAGGUGAUCGACUUCUCGCACGGCCUCGCCCUGUUUGAGCGCUGUCCCAAGGCCGUGGAGCCUCUCUGGGUGGAGGGAGCUGGUCACAACGACAUUGAGCUUUACAGUCAGUACUUGGAGAGGCUACGGCGCUUCAUCAACCAGGACCUGGCUGCACAGCAUGCCUGAGAAACAAAACAGCCUCUCUGUUUAUGUAUGUAUGUGUGUGUGCGUGCGUAUAUAUGACUGCAUGUGUGUGAAAGAGGGUGUUGGCAUGUUUGCAGAGAAUGUGUGUGAAAUUGACCUUAAAGGGAUUUGUAAAUUUUGGUCACAUCUGUGUGUCUGUGAAGCAGCACACCUACAGGUUAAAAUACAAUUAAUCUAUGUUCUAUUUCCUGUUUUUAAAGGUAAGAACAUUUUUAACGUCAUUAGCUAUUGUCAUUAGCUAAUAAUUAAUCUGUACAGUGUUGGUUAAACAAAAAAAUCAAGAGCAGAGAUUCGACAGUGUCAUGAUUGCAGUAUUUAAGAUUAAAAGAUCAUGAAUUGCAGCUUUAAAAUAUGUUGACUUAAUUGAAUUGGGAAGUAACAACUUUUUUAGUUUAAAAAGGCACACAGAUGUAGAUUUAAUGUGUGACAUGUUGAUGAAUGCUUGUGCCAUGAUGUGAGUGUUGCGUGUGUUAUCAUAUCCCCUUGGACCUGUGACACCUGAAUAAUGUGUGCACAUGUUAAUAUGUGUGUGGGUGAGUGCUGAUAGAAAUGAAGGACAUCCUGAUGACUUGGACAGCCGCAAGUGGAGGAGGCUAAUGGAGACUUAUCAAUAUUGAUGUUUGUUUUUAUAUUUUGUUUCUUUUGUUUUUGUGUGUGUAUGUAUGAAGAAUACCUCCACAGCUUGACCAGUUCUCUUUACAUUGGACAAAAACUGGUUAAGCAUGUACUCCCAUCUCCAACACUCGUUGUUUACCUGUUAAUGGACAUCCAUUUGACUGCCAGGGCAUUUCCCAAGUUGUUCAGCUAACACUAACCUAGUCUUCUGUGUGGUUUGGGGGUCGAUCUGCAGUCCUUUAGUGUGAAUUCCAGUAGAAAUGCAAGGACUUGUCUGGAAUAUUGUCAUUACCUGCAUGGCUGUUAGAUGUCUAAUACUUCUCUUUAUUUUUGGCUCUGAAAAGGUCAUAUAGUGACCAGCUUCCAUGUUUAGUCCAGGCUGUAUCCUUAAACUCUACACAGAAUUGCAGCAGCAUUUAACAGGGAAUCACUUAGAUUUCACACACUGAGAACAUGUGUUUCUCAGGUGUUACACAGAUAGCUAUAGAAGUGCAGGCCUGCUCUGUACUUUUCACACCUCAUUGGACUGGUUAACUCUAAACAGAAAGUUGCAAACUUCCACUUUACUAAUGGAUGACGUUAAAAAGGUUUGACACUGCACAAGAAUAAGACCGAUGCAAGUAAGUGUUUCUUAUUUUUUUGUAAAUCUGCUUGUUAAUGUUGCUGAAAGUUUACCACUUUGUUGCAAAGACUGCACCCAGGCAAGAAAUAGCCCGUCACACAACACCCUAUACAUUCACAUCUGACACAGUGUGAACGUUAGACUUCUUUAUACCUUUUGAUUGAGCCAGUAUAGCCAGCCUUUCCUGCUUCGCCUGUGUUUGUGUUUUGUUGGAAAUGACCAGUUUUUGCUUUCAUUAUCAUUUAUGAGGGGUGUCAGUCUUCUCAUCCAACCCUUAGCAGGAAACAAAAGAAGCAAGUUUCCAAAAUGUCAAUCUAUACUUGCAAGUUGAAGUGCAGUUCUUGAGGAUGUUGUGAAUGGUCCAUUCUUGUGGACAGAACCUUUUUGGAGCCUGACGCUUUGGUUUUAUUUGGGGGCUCCAGGUGAAUUAAGAGACAAAGUAGCUGCUUGGUUCAUCACAUUAAUGAGGAUUGUGUACACUCCAUGCAAAAAUGUCAUGGAUUAUCAAAAUUAUCCUGAUUAACUUCUAAAAAUGUCUUGUUCUAGUAGCACUCAUCACCAUGGUUACUCAGCCUCCUAUUCACAGUCACCCUUGGCACAUUUUUUUCAAGUUUUCAUCUUGCUGUAAUUAAUCCUGAUGUGUUUUGUUGUAGUGUGGGGCCAUGGAUUGUUUCAGAACCAUGCUUGUUGUUGAUGUUAACAUGAUUCAGAUCAGGUGCCAGGAUGGAACGUCAUGCCUACUUGCUCUGUUUUGACCUCUGUGGCCCUAAACAUACAAGAGCUCUCUUAUGGGUGGCAGCACGUUUCAAUGUCUGACACAAGCCAUAUUUGAGCCUCUCACUGUUGGUGUGGUGCAGGUUCCACCACACAUACCUUUGCACAUCAUACACACAUUCAAACACAACAUACAUGUACACACACACAUAUUUACACAUUUUUAAAUAUAUAUAUAUAUAUAUCUGAUCAAGCAUGACAAAAGCAGGUCUUAAGUUCAGCACUAUUGUACAAAGCAUCCAAAGUGUAAUAAGGGUAUAAAAUGUAAGUCUAUGUGUCUUUUUCAUCAUUAUUGACUGUGUUCUACAGGCCAGCUUCAAGGAUACAAGUUUCCUCUGUGGAUAAGUACCAACAGGUCCUGUGUAUAGACCUGAUGCAGUACAAGAAGUAGUUGCUGCACCAGAGACCCUCAGUUUCAGCGAUAGUAUCUGUGUUUUGUCAAAGGGAACAUUUACUAACAGGCACUGAUCUGAUUACUCCAUUUUUGGGAGUGCAAGUGGGUCUCAGUAAAGCAGUGAAAAGGGUCCUGAACAGCACCCCUUCUCCCGUCAUCACCUUGAACAGGGAUUGUUUCCAUUCUCAUCUUGUGCUUUUUGUCUGAUGUUUAAAUCAAUGGAAAUCUGUUACCUUCUUAAACCAGGGAUCUGAGCCGUCACAAGAAUUGGAAAAUGCAAAGAGCCUCUCUCUGGAAGUAAAAGUAGUCCUCAGUUUUUUCCGGACUGAUUGGGUUAUCAGGGAAUCCUCUGGAUCCACAUUUUAGUCAUGGGGUUAAAGAAACGAGGUGGACACUUGCUGUUUAAUCGAUACACCACUAUGGUUCAGUUAUCUUGUAUCCUCUGGCCUUGAAUGUUUAUUGAUGGGGUGGGGUGGGGGGGUUGAAUAGUAAAACCUGUAUGCAUGUCUGUUGUGUUUUGCAGAGCAAAUGACGGGACUGAACAUUAUCUAUUGUGUAUUCUAUGUGAGGGUAAAGCUGAAUUCAUGGCAUUGGAACAUUGAAGCGCUUUAAAGAAAAAAAAAAUGACGGGACACUUAUUUGAAUUUUUUAUUGCUGAUACUAACUGAUGUAUUGUUGAGUUUUGUGCUAGAGUUUGA